CAUCCUUGUUCCCACGGCUUUUGAACAGUCGACCCGCACUUAUUUUGAACAGCAGAGCGCCGCAAACCUGGGGAGAAGGUUGUGACCCGGAUUCGUGCUGCAUGACAACCACACACAAUCAUGGCGGCGACGUCAACGGAUGUGCCAACGUUUGCGUCCAUUUCAGACAUUGAUUUAAAGGACUUAAUCGAUGCAGCGGACUCGAAUAACACCAAAAAGCAGAUAAAAUAUGCAAUAAACAGAUUGGAUGCUUACGCCAGGUUCGUUGGUACAACAUUAUCAGCCGUAGAAGCGCUAUCGAUGCGUGCUCUUGAUGAAUUUCUUUGCCGUUUCUACGCCAGCCUACGGAAACUCGAUGGAAAACUGUAUACGAAGAAGUCAAUGCAAGGAAUACGCUACGGGCUGCAAAGACACAUUCAAGCCCUUCAUGACUGGGACCUUAGUAAGCAACGAGAAUUUGCUGGGAGCAAUAAGGUAUUCAAAGCCAUGCUCGUGAAAUUGAAACGUGAAGGCAAAGGAUUCGUGAGACACAAAAGCCCAAUUUCUGUUGCUGAUAUGGAGAAAAUGCAAGCAUCAAAUGAUUUGGACAUGAGUACUCCAAGGGGACUGCAGAAUAAGGUAUUCGUUGACGUUAUGGUUUACUUUUGUAACCGUGGACGUGAAAAUCUGCGGGAUAUGAAGCCAAGUGAUUUUAUAAUUUCCCAAGAUGAAGAUGACAUUCAGUAUGUCACCAGGCGUGAUCAAAUGACCAAGAACAAUCGCGAAAAUGAUGAUGAAUCAUCCAGCGGUUUCAUGUAUGAAAUUCCUGACAAUGACAGAUGCCCCGUAAGAUCAUUGAAACUGUACUUAUCCAAGCUGAACCCGAAGUCCCCUGAUACGUUCUGGCAAAGACCCAAGGAAACUGCACCACCAGAUGAUGGCCCGUGGUACUGCAUUGGCCCAGUAGGAACUAACACUCUAGGUUCCAAAAUGAAAAUCAUCUCAACCAAAGCUGGAUGUAGUAAAGUUUACACCAAUCACUGCCUGAGAGCAACUUGCGUAACUGUUUUAGACAGUGCAGGCUUUGCUAGUCGUGAUAUCAUGUCUGUCAGUGGACAUCACAGCGAACAGUCAAUCAAACACUACAGUAAAACAAGUGACGACAAAAAGAAGCAGAUGAGUGCAGCAUUGGCAUCCCAAUUGACAGUGAACCAGCAAGACCAGCACUACUCAGAACUGGAUGAUGAUAACAAUAAACCAUCCACCCAUCAGCAACAAAACAGAUCCACAGCACUGGAGAACAUUAACCUACCUUUGACUUCAUCCCAAGAGGAGGAAAUUCUUCAGGAACUUUCAGCUACCAGUGCAACUAAUGCUCUUAACAUCACCAAUGAUGUGAAAUCCACUACAAGCCAAAACUUUAAUUUUCAUGGCUGUGUUGUUAACUUCUACAAUGCCAAGUAGAGAACAUUGACUUUCCUAAAGGACAUUAAUCCUUCAUCCCAGGAGAAGGAAAUUCUUUAGGAACUUUCAGCUACUAAUGCAACUAAUUUAUAUCUGAACAUGAUCACCAAUGAUGCAAAAUCAACCACAAGCUAAAACUUUCAUUUUCACGGUUUUGUGGUUAACUUCUACAAUGCCAAAUACAAAGGGGACAUUGACUUUCACAAAUGGCAUUACAUUGUAAUUUAAAGGAAAGAUUACUUUAGUGAUGACACUACAUUUAGCACAACCAAAACCUAUAAAGACUGUAACUGUUGAUUUUCAAAAGCAUUAUUGAUUCCAUAUGUUGUACUUGUACUAAUUUGUGGAAUAUCGAAAACAUUAAAUUUGUUCAAAAAUACAA